AUGGGAAUUUGCCAUUCGAGUAAAAAAAUACAAAGCACUAUGAAUACUAAUCCUAUUUCAUAAUAUUCCUCAAAUCCUUCAAUUCUGUAAAAAAUAACCAACUAAAAACAAAGUUACUAUAAUCCUCAUGUAAAUUUAAUGGUCACUUCUGAACCACAAAAUUACGACCCAAAAAGUAAUUAAAUAUACUAAUUCAAGAUCCUCAUCGAUAAUUCAAUGUACUUAUAAAUGGAGUCAGAUUUGAAAUUAUUAACUCAAUUGAGGCUUGCAUAAUAUCAAACGAUGACAUCGAAGAAUGA